GAGCGUCUCCCAUCAGUCUCUCAAAGGAAGAUACCCCCCCACCCUCCCCUCUUCCUGGUGGGACCCUCCUCCUCCUCCUCUACUAGCGUCUGGGAGCGAUGGGCCCUGGAGUCCCUCCUGACGGCCUUCCUCCUCCUCCUCCUCCUCCUGGCAGCCCAUUUCCUGCUCCAGGAGAAGUCCGAGUGCAUCUUCCUCAACGGGACGCAGCGGGUGCGGCUUCUGGAUCGGUUCUUCUACGACCGGCAGGAAUAUGUCCGCUUCGACAGCGACCUCGGGAAAUUCGUGGCCGUCACGGCGUUGGGGGAGGCGGAUGCGGACUAUUGGAACGGAGACAAGCAGAUCAUACAAUACCGGAAGGCCGCUGUUGAUUUCUUCUGCCGAUACAACUACGAGGUGUACAACUACGAGGCGGCCAAGAGGGAGGAGCGAGUGAUCGGACGGAGGG